AUGCCGUUGAUAAUUCAAGCUUUCAGCGGCAUAGCUUGGGUUGCCGGCUACUUCACCUACUAUCUUCAACUCGCUGGCUAUUCUACCUCAAUGAGUUACAAGCUUCAAAUCGCCCAACCAGUUUUGCCCAUUGUCGGUAAUCUGAUGGCCGCUGCUGUCAUUGACAAAAUAGGCCAAAGGAAUCUAACGUUCUACAGCUUGGUGGUGCUUACAGCCUUCCUCCUCAUCGCUGGAGGACUGGGAACUGGUACUACUCAACCCAUGAUCAAGGGAACCGUGGCUUUCAUUCUCCUAUACAGCUGGUGGUACAACGUUUCCAUCGGGUCGAGUGCCUUCUCCCUCUUAGCUAAGACAUCGACGUCUCGACUCCGAGCCAAGACCGUCGCAAUUGGGUACGCAUCGCAAAACUGCAUUAACGUCAUGUGGCAGUUUGUUGUUCCUUACCUGUUCAGCCCCGAUAAGGCCAAUCUGGGUGCCAAACUUUCCUUCAUCUUUGGUGGGUUGUGUUUUUUCUCACUUCUUUACCUAUGGUACUUCCAACCCGAAACCGGUGGACGCUCUUAUGAAGAGCUUGACGAGAUGCUUGCAAAGGGUGUUCCGGCCAGGAAGUUUAAGACAUACAAGACUACCGUACAAAUGCGCAACGAGACUGGUGCAUAG